CAGCACACAUCUAUCCACUUUACUGCCGCGCUAAAUCCUGGAUGGGUACUUAAUGUGAUGACUAUGAAGCUCCGUCCACACAAAGGCUGCUGGAAGCUCCAAUCGGACCGGUGAUGAUGCCGAUCAACCCGCAGGCCUUUCACAAGCCGCGCUGAGAUCGAUCAUCGGACCGGGCCGCGCUACCCGGGGGCUUGGGACUGAAAUGUGCCUUGAUUACCGGGUAGCAAUCUGAAUUGGUCGGGCCCGAUCUUUUAUUUACACGCUGGUGUAGGACUGGCGGACAGGGGAGCGGAGAUGGCGGGAGUGUGGGCGGGUUUAGCGGUGUUGGUCCUGGCGGUGUACGUGAGUCCGGGCAACCUUCAACAACUCAGUCCGCAGGAGUUGAGCUUGUUGGGGGCGAACAAGAGCAAGGGGCUAGGACAGAACGGGAAUGGAGAACAUCUUCACAAGGAAACUGUGGACGGAAUAUCGGGAUCACCUGCCUCCGAGCGCCACAAGUUAGCUUCUGGCGGAAGUAGCCCGGCACCAACGCAAAAUGGUUCACCGGCUCGCGAGAACAGAGGAGGAGAGACGAUACGAGCCACGGAUAGAACGCGCACCGAGUCAUCUCUGUUGAAUCAGCGGCAGGAUGACCCUCACGUGCCGCCCACGGUUUCUACCGGUCCCCGCUCGUCACGGAGGCGGUCAGGAGGCCGGAGGAAGGCGGGGAGGGUGAAAGAACGGCGCAGACAUGGGCAGCGCCAAAGGGUCUCAACUCAUCAAGCAUCCCCCGAGAAAAAUCAGGUAAAGACGACCCGCAAGACGGGUCAGCGAAGGAACGCGCCUCAGGGUACAAGUCAGAGGGAAAGAGAGCACCCGUUACUUCGUGGUCAUGCAAGCAAGAAAGAAGGGCGAGGGGAAAUCAUUAACCCUGCGUCUCAGGGCCAAGGAGCUGUACAGAGAGCAGAGUUCCCGCCGCCAGGCAGGCCAGAACAAAGCCAGCACACGUCGGAACCAACUCCCGGUGACAUCCGUCAAACCCCGCCGUACGGGCGGCAGGAGGCCGGGCAGAAACCGCACAGUCAGGCCGCGGAGCAGGUGGGCCGCAAACCAGCCGUGCAAACAAGUAUUGUUCAGCCAUCUUCCAACACUCCAGACCAGACGCCUCCCGAGGUAUCGGUUCAUGCAAGAGAGAAGGAAACCGAUGUAGAUCAAUCGAAUUUCGAUAAGCAACAGUCUCUUAAUCUUGGAGAUCGGAAGCUCGGAAACAAAGGCGGACAUUUCGGCUCAAUAGGCGAUCAGGGCAGGUGGAGCAGCCAGGAUGACGCGUCGCCUUCUAAAGACUCACAGAACACCCCUGUCGCCCAGCAAGGUGUUCCCACAGACGACACUGAAGAAAACGGACCAGUCUACGUCUUCACACAAAACGGGAAACCCCCAUCCAUGGCCCAAGAUAACCGAAACACACCUCCCAAAACUCGACAAGAGAACUUUACCGAAACAAAGGACACCGUGCGGGUUCAAGGUCCACAACAGGGAGCCCCUCUUUUAGUAGAACCCACCAAGCCGGCUAAAUCUGAGAACAUUAACGCUCAAAUAAAGCUAAACAACCGUGCUUAUGACAUACCUGUAGGAUCUAAAUCUGUGAAAAAGAAUACAGACGAAAGCGGGCAAGCUUCAAACGCGGUUAAACCCUUCGCUACCGGGAACAAGCGGAAAGAACCGCACGCCAGGGUCGUGGUCGGCAUCGGCAGAGACGGCAACACUCAACUAGAAAUCGUGGGCGGGAACAAAGCUUCCCGCUCAAAGAACACCACGAAAAACAAGCCCGUAGAAAUCGACCUCAACGAGACGACGAAGAAAAAGAAAGAAACGCCGAAAGACAAACAAGGAACGCCGAGUAAGGAGACCGAUUUGAAAGACCCAAGCAGCGCAGCGACUCAGCAAGGUUCGUUGAGAAGCGAAGCUAAUGUCGCUCAUACCAGGUUUAUUGCUAGCCUACUCUCUGUGUCUUUAACCUUUCUAUACCUCUGUUACUAACACUGUAUGUGCUCUAUACUUUUUAUACACGUAAUCAUGCAUACGAUAUAUACGUUUUGUGGGAAACGACAAUGUAGUCUGUCGGUGUGGCCAAAACUUGCUUGCUUGUUUGAUGGUGAAAAAUGAGUGAAGUCUGAAAAAGCAACUGUGCAAUAUUGGUAGGCUCGGGUACAGGAUGAAAAUGCAUUGCGUAGUGUAUUGUAUGUUGUACUUAAAUGGCAACGGGAUUGUGACGUGGUGAUUUUGUACAGCACUGGCUGCAUGUGUACAUCUGAAUUAUAAAAGCAUCACGAGUCAUUUGCAUGUAAUCAAAGGAAAACAUUUAUGAAAUUGCGAUGUUUGAACGGUGACUAAAACUUCAUCAGCCCACUACAAAACUGAUGAUUCAUUUAGGCCACAGCAAGUCAAUGUUUUGGAUGACAUCUGCAGAUUCAACAUCUAACACGAGAGCGCCAAAAAUGGAUAAAACGCUGUAGUAGGAAUUUAUAAAGUGACUUAAAUGGUAUCAUUACAGAGUCGUGUAUUAAGUUGGGCCGUAAACUACACAUUAGCUUCCUGUCUUUGGGAAGUGCAGAAAGUGACACUAGUGAGGUAGCCUGGCAUCACUACAGCUGACUUGCAAGGCUAAGGUAUCGCCAGAGGGGAACGACAUAUCUUUCUUUGUUUGAAAACCAGGCGAAAAUCAACGCUCACUGGGACGUCACCCAUAAAAUGUACUUGCUGUGGCCUUACACUAAACGAACAAAGCUUGUGAGCCCUAGCCGCAGGGACAUAGAACAGAAUCUCUCUAUCAUAAGAAAAUGAGUAUGUACGUCGUUCAAAACUAAGCCUAUGCCUCUAUCUAUUGAUUCACAGCCAUAUAACAAGAUAAUAUCGACAUUUUAUGGCGCCUUGGCUAAGGCCCGGGGCUUAUAUCAUAUUUGAGUCGGAGAUAUUAUCUUGCCUGGCGGGGAACCAGAUAAAGUACUUUAUCUCAAAAUCCUAACCAUAUCGCUCUUACGGCAGUUGGUUAUUCAUCAGAUAUGGGUGAGUUCGCACGCCCUGUAUGUUUAACCGGGUGAUGAGUUUUAUUAGAUGUCCAGAUCACGAUGCACAUGUCGGGCGAUCUCUGGGGCACCUCAUUACGACGACUUUACGACGUAUUACCGGUCGUGAAACCGAUGUGUACUGUUACCCGUCCAAAACAAGAUCCAUCGCUUCUGGGGGGAGUUACAUGCCGACUCCCUGGGGAACAACAUCGCCUCAUUAACAUUCAGGACGUCACGUCACGUCUGACGGAGCCGGUAUCACAACGUACAUCGGAAUAAAGCAGGAUUGAUAAGGCUUAUACACUAAACCGCGCGGGUUGGAUGGGAAAACUUUAGACAUAUCCAUCGCAACCUCCCAAAUGUGACAGUGCAUCCUAACAAGGCACCGAUUUUGUUGCAGCUCAAUUACGUAGAGGGUAGAAAUCAUACAUAUUUGAUGCAGACUGGUUACUAGUAGUAAAUAUUGUAGACUGGCUGCCAGGUAGCAUUUUAUAUUCCCCACACAUGUACAUCGUGUUGGUUUAUUAUUAUGAUACCCAAGUAUUCUAGCCCAGACGUCCAUGAAUUUGAAAUAAAGAAGAAGAGAG